GGUUUUAUUCAGUCGUCAGUCUUCUUUGGUUGUAGCCUUUCGAGUGGUGGUUGAGUUUCGUGUUGUGUUCGGUUAUUCAUUUUCGACGUUCGGAAAUGUGAUUUUAACGUAAAAAAAAAAGAAAUAAUUAUUUAUCAUUUAUAGUAAUAUUGUAAAAACGAAGUACGUGAAAAAUAAUUUUUUUCGUUGCGAAAAUUAGGCGAUGUGUUAUGUUCGCGAAUCGAAAAUGUCGUGUAUUUUUUUAUGCAUACACGAUAGUGAUUUUUUGAAAUAAUGGUGAUGAAAAAUAAAAACAGUGACGACAGUGUGGAAUUCCACCACACUUGUCGUGGUAAUUAUAAUAAUAAUUCGUGGUCGACGAAAGUGCUGCAUAUUGUGAUUGUUUCUUUUUCGUGCUACUUGUUCUAUCGAGUUACCGUGCUUGAAACUCGAUUAAGAGAUCUAGAAACCGAGGUGUCCAUCAUCAGAAAUGGCGAUAAAAUCACCGGCUUCGAGCAGUCCGACGACGUUUUUUCCAAACGUAUAAAAAGAAGUACCCCAGAAUGUGUUUGUCCGCCAGGACCACCAGGGCCUCCUGGAAAACGAGGUAAAAAAGGCAAGAAAGGCGACCAAGGCGAGCCCGGUCAACCGGGUCUCGCUGGUCCACCGGGCAAGAAUGGUUUUCCGGGACCUAGAGGUUUACCAGGAGUGAGAGGUUUAUCGGGACCAAUUGGGCUAGACGGACCGAAAGGAGAUCAGGGCAGACCCGGUGAAAAAGGUCAAAAAGGAGAUUCCGGUAAUCCAGGAUUCGACGUUUAUCAAGCAGUCAAGGCAGAUACGCAUUUACAAGGGAGUUUGAAAAGAUCGGUUACAACGUUACGUGGUGGGACAUUAGGUUAUGCGGAAAUUGUCGCGUUAAAGAGUUUACAAGAGCAAGGCCAUAAUAUUUCGGCUGAAAGUAUCGUAUUGCUGAAAGGUGAACCGGGCGAACCUGGACCCCCGGGACCUCCGGGCGUACAAGGUGUUGCUGGACCUCAAGGACACGAUGGAAGACCAGGACCUCCUGGCGAGCCUGGCCUACCUGGUGAUACAGGUGCUCCAGGAUUACCUGGCCCUAAAGGAGAACUUGGCGUUAUUGGACCGGCCGGACCCAAAGGUGAUAAAGGCGAUAAAGGAGACAGAGGGUUGACUGCGACGUUCAAAGGCGAUAAAUUCUCAACUGGUAUAAUCGAAGGUCCUCCUGGUCCUCCUGGACCUCCAGGUGAUAAAGGAGAACCAGGCGUACCAGGAUUAGCAGGCACUGAUGGAAUUCCAGGUCCUCAAGGUCCUCCCGGAAUACCGGGUGCAUCCGGACCAAGAGGUGAUAAAGGAGACUAUGGUGAUAUCGGACCACCCGGCUUAAUGGGUCCUCCUGGAUUACCUGGACCUCCAGGAUACCCGGGUACCAAAGGAGAAAAAGGAGAUAAAGGCGAAUCUAAAUAUAAUAAUAAGAAGAUAAGAAGAAGACAACAACAGUUCCAAGGAGAUGCUGCCUAUGAUAGUAUGUUAGUGGCGGAACCACCGCAGCAUGUGAUGGUUGGACCUCCAGGACCUCCUGGAAUACCGGGUCCACCUGGUUUACAAGGUCCGCCAGGAAUUAAAGGUGAUAGAGGAUUAGAUGGUUCGAAAGGAGAAAGGGGCGACAAAGGAAGUAGAGGAGAUCCGGGACCAAUGGGUUUACCAGGUCCAAUGGGCAUACGAGGAGACUUGGGUCCAGUUGGUAAAGCGGGGCCACUGGGACCUCCUGGUUUGGAUGGAAUGAAGGGAGGUCAAGGAGAACCUGGAGCUAAAGGAGAUCGCGGUGACCCGGGCUUACCAGGCACAGAUGGAAUACCAGGGGUUGAGGGUCCAAAAGGUGAUAAAGGAUCUAAAGGCGACUAUGGUCCGACUGGAAAACGCGGCAGAAAAGGUGAUAAAGGCGAUAAAGGUGAUCAGGGAGUGCCUGGAUUAGAUGCUCCGUGUCCAAUAGGCGUAGAUGGUUUACCAUUACCAGGUUGUGGUUGGAGAGGUCCUAAGGAAAAUACCGUUGUUACUUUUACCACUACGCCUUCUCCCUUCUUACCACUGACUCAAGAUUCAGCAGGUGAUUAUGAGAAUGAACCCGACGAAGGGGAGGAGGAAGAAUACGAGGAGUACGAGGGAGUAAACAAUAAUAAUUAUAAUAAUAACUAUAUGAACGAUAAAUCUCGUAAAAGAAGGAUUCCAAAGAAGCACUGAGAUAUGAUUCACGUCAGUACGAGUCACUUGAAGUCCUAAUUUCUUAUAAUUAAUUAUACGCGAUAAGUUUAAAAUUAAAUAUGCUUUAUAAAGAGUCCAUUAUUACAACUAAUUUUCAACUAUUGGUUACCCAUUUUGUUGAUUUUUUGUAGUAUUUAAAAUUAGUUCAAAAGGUAUCAAUAGUUGAAAGAACUUACUGGUGUUGGAUUUCUUGUAUAUGUGUCUAAUUUUAUUACUCGUUUUAUCUGUAUACCUACUUAAUUGUUAAUUUUUUUUUAAAUGUACCUAUUUGAUAAUGAAUAAAGAUGAAAUAAUUUUUGCAUUUAUUUUCAGGUAUAUUUUGUAUGGUAGACUACAAUUGAUUUUUUUUUCUUUAAUUGUCAUGUUGUGUUGUGAUUUUGUGAUUUUUUUUCAUGAAAUAUUUUUUAAAAAUAUGUAGAUUUCACGAUAGAAAUAAUUUUUUAAACUGGCACGUUUAUUUAUUAUUUAUUGCAAUUUUUUUUUUUUUUUUGAAAAAUGACCUUUAUUUAUUUCUUACCUGUUAAAUAUUAUCGCUCAUUUUAUUCUUAGUAGAUAUACUCUAUGGCUAUUUGUUUUAUCAUUAUUGAGCUUUUAUUGUUAUUUAGUAUUGUUCUUUAUUACUUGUAUAAAGUGUUGAAAUUUGUAUUCGAACAAUAAUAUUGAUACAUACUAUAUGAAUGUAGAAUUUAAUUAAGUAAACUUGGAUAGUAAUUUUAUACUCGUACUCGUAGAUAUUUAUUUUUUAUUUUUAAUAAUAAUUUUUACCAUGUUGUGUUUUGUGUACAAUAUGAACGCGUCCAUUUUAGAAGUGCCUAAGUCGACUUGAGCCCUUUUUUAAAAAUAAAUGACCGAAAUGAAUUCUAAAAGCCAAAUAUCAUGCGAACCUUAUUGUUUCUUGACGAUUUUUAUGGUACCUUUACAAUACUUGAGUGGACAAUUUUGCCUUAGAAUGGUCAAAAAUAGACUUCAGAUACUUGAGUAAUAUGUAGUCGGAUGAUUUUUCUACACAUUAAGUAUUGGAAUAGUAUUCAAACUUCAAUAACUCCAUACUUGAGCCCUUUUUCAUUGCACAAAUUUUACCUUCUAUUUUAUUAGUAAUAAAAAUAUUUUGUAAUAAAUUAUUACAAAAUAUGGACUGAAAAUAGAUAAAGCUAGUUUAUGUGUAAAUUGAUUUCCGUAGUUUGAAUAACAUUUUUACAUUAUUUUAUACUCUUCAAAAAUUAGUCCAAUAAAAAAGGGCUCAAGUGCAGCGUUCCUUUUAAAGAAUAUUUGACUGAUGACUGCAUAUUAUUCAUCUAAGGACUACUUUCGACAUUUUUUUUGUUUUUUUUAAAUGAAAAGAAGUUCCACACAUUUUAAAGCUAUUAUGAAAAUAUUUUCAUGUGAAAGUUUCGAAUGCGUUUUUCUCAAUACACUAAAUUUUUACUUGGGCCCUUCUUUAUUGGACGUAUUCGAUUUAUGGCAAUAAAUUUUUAUCCACUUUG